GGGAGAGAGAGGGAGGGGAGGGAGGUGGGAUCGGGAAAGAUAUAUUCUUUCAGCGAUGGAAGUCACAAUGGAAAACCUUGGCAACCUUCACGGCGUCUCGCACUCACAGGCGGGGGACCUGAUGAGCUCCUCACACGCUCGGCAGUCCUCCGCCCCUUCUCACCGGAACCUAGUUUCUCACGCGCACGGCCGGUCGGCGAUGGUGUCCAGCAUGGCCUCGAUACUGGAUGGUACCGGGGACUACCGGACAGACCCCUCGUCGCUCUCCGGCCACCUUCACCCGGCCAUGAGCAUGUGCGAGUCCGGGAUGAGCCUGAGCAACACCUACACCACCCUGACACCUCUCCAGCACCUACCUCCCAUAUCCACCGUCUCCGAUAAGUUCCACCACCCACACUCCCACCACCACGCAGCCGCCCAACAGCGACUCUCCACGGGGAAUGUCAGCGGGAGCUUCACGUUGAUGAGGGAUGACCACCGGGGGCUGGCGUCUAUGGGCAACCUAUACUGCCACUACCCUAAAGAUAUGUCCGGCAUGGGCCAUGGGUCCCUCUCCCCGCUGUCCAACGGCCUCGGCUCUUUGCACAACUCCCAGCAGACGCUCUCRGCCUACGGUCCAAGUGCUCACCUCUCCAAUGAUGCCAAGAUGCUCUCCCCCGUGACAGGYUUCGAGUCCCACGCCGCGAUGCUGUCUCGGAGCGAGGAGCACAUUGCCAGGAGUUUAGGUGGCCAUGGGCACGGCAUGAUCUCCAACCUCAACGGGAUGCACCAUACGCACAGCCACCUCCACUCCCAGGCCAAUGAGGCAGCGAUGCUGGCCGAGCGGGAGAGGCACGGCGCUGGGCCCGGCCAGGGAGGAGGGUCAGGCGGGCAGGCGGAGGAGAUCAACACUAAGGAGGUGGCUCAGCGGAUAACAGCGGAGCUGAAGCGCUACUCCAUCCCCCAGGCGAUUUUCGCACAGAGGAUCCUAUGUCGGUCCCAAGGAACCCUCUCGGAUCUUCUGCGGAACCCCAAGCCGUGGAGUAAACUCAAGUCCGGCAGGGAGACGUUCCGGAGGAUGUGGAAGUGGCUCCAGGAGCCCGAGUUUCAGCGGAUGUCUGCCCUUCGGUUGGCUGCCUGUAAGCGGAAGGAGCAGGACCAGGGUCGCGAAAGGAACCUGGUCCCCAAGAAACAGCGGCUGGUGUUCACCGACUUGCAGCGCCGCACGCUGGCGGCUAUCUUUAGGGAGAACCGCCGUCCCUCCAAGGAGAUGCAGAUCACCAUCAGCCAGCAGCUGGGCCUGGAGCUCUCCACCGUCUCAAACUUCUUCAUGAAUGCACGGCGACGCUGCCACGACCGCUGGGGGUCCACCGGAGGCACUGAGGGGAACGAGCACGGGGAUGUGCAUGGGAACGUGCAUGGGCACGGUCACAUGCACGCUCAUGGGAACAACAACAACGCCGGUUCAUCCACGGCGCAACCGGGUACCUCCUCUGCUACCGCCUUCUCCAAGGAAUAAGAGAGAAGGGAAGGGGGUAGGAGAGGAUGGAGGGGUUUGGAUCUAAAGCAGUGGUCACUGACCCUGGUGUGCAGGCUUUUUGUCCAGCUCAGCUGAUUCAACUCCUGGUCUUGAUGAAUAGUUGAUGAAUUGAAUCAGGUGUCUAUGACCAUUGGUCUGAAGGUGUUCUCUUUUUGUGUGGGAUCUCACCCUUUACUCCAUUUUGUUUGUCCAUCAGAAACCAAUGAGAAACCAACAGGUCUGAGAGCAGAAGGGUGUAUUGGUGUCCCAAAUUAUCCUCAGACCCUUAAGUUUGAGCAAAUCUGUCUCUAACCCCCCCCCCCCAAAAAAAAUAAAUAAGAUACGGAGUCUAAAAUAGCUAAGAUAAGGUAGUCCCACAGAAUAGCUUUGUCUCCCUUUUUUGGAUUGAUAAAUCCACAAGCUCAAGUCUAUGACUAAUGGGCCAAGCAAAUACACCAAAGACAACCCCAUGGCAAUAGACCUGACUGCACAGCACCAGUGGCCAUGUGUUUAAAACAGGCAAGGAUAAACAGUCAGACAUGUCCUCUCUUCUUCUGCUCAGUCAGAAAAACACACAUUUCACUGUGUGUUUGUGUGUAUGCUAUGUACUUGCAUGUGUGCUUGUGUGUGUGCAUGUGUUUGUACAAUCACACUCCAGGAGUGUGGUUUCUCUGCAGCAAUCUGGUCUGCUAUGCAAGUGCAACAGUGCCACCCGCUGGUCGUUUCAGCACACUGUUGCGAGUGAGGAGGUAUCUGACUCCAUGCACACAUCUCAAUAGUCUAACUGUCUCCUUUCCUUCAUCUGCACUGAUAUAAAAUACCUAGAAAGGUGAAAGCCAAACACCAGGAGAACAAUCAUUACACUGCUUUCACCUAUUUUGCACUUUCAGGUCAGCGCAGAUGAAGAAGAGGUGACAUGGGGAGACAGACAUGCACACACGCACAUGCACACAYGCACACGCAUAUGCACAUGCACAUGCACAUGUGCAUACACACACACAGCCUGAACUGCUUUGUUUUGGGAACAGAGGACAUGUCCAAAGACUAUCAUCCAUAGUCAUAUUUUGAUUUUGAUUUGAUUUGACUAAGAUUCCAUAUUUUGUAUGGCUGUUAACUAUGUAGCUACUGGAUGGUAUUUUCAGGUACCAAAGAGUUACAAUCAAAUGGGAAAAAUCUGGACCUUAUUGAGUGUUCGAUCGAGGUAACAGGAGGGGACUGCCCUGCUCUAGUGGCCAAACACAAGGGUCAAACGUCACAAUAUAAUUUGAGUGCCAAUGACAUUUACCCUUUUAUGAUAAUCAGAGAGAGCAGGUGCAACUACUUCCCUUACCAUGCCCCCUAGUGGGCGGCCAGUGCCAUAGCAACCAACAAAUCAUUCUAGAUCCUCCCAUAGAGAACGAGCUCUAUGGGGAGAUGUGGUCAUUCCAUUUCUCACAAGAAUGGAUUAAUAGAUCUUAUCAAUACUAACCAAAACAUACUGAAAAUUAACUGUAAAUAAACUAUGGCUUUCGAGCUUUAGCUCUCUGUCUUCCCUCCCCCUCCCCCUCUCCUCUCCUCUCCUCUCCUCUCCUCUCCUCUCCUCUCCUCUCCUCUCCUCUCCUCUUUCUUUCUAUAAUAUUGAUGCGGGUAAAAAGUAGUACUAUAGACACAAAGUUUCUCUUUCUUGUGACUAUUGUGCUCUGUAGUGCUGGAAAUACAUGUAAAGAAGCACCUUGUUAAUAAAACAUAAAACAUAAAAAAUAAUAGUUAAAAUAAAGAAAAUCUACAUGGAAAAGACUGAUCAUUCACAAACGAAACAACGGAACACAACAGAAUGACUGUGCAUAUUUGUUCAUACUUGUGUGAUGAAGUAGAUGGACUCCUAGCUGGACUUACCGAAGGACCUCUAUGACCUCUGAACUUUUACCCCUGAACUGGACCGCCCCCUGCAUUCCUCUCUGCUGAAAGCUCCAAUGAGGGGGCACCGAAUCGGGCGGGGGAAGGAAUGACAAUGUCACUUCCUCUUUAACCUCUUGUUUCCUGUUGGAGAGGUCUAGUGGGGGACAUACUGUAAAAGGCAGGAAUCAGGAAGAUAUAUUUUUUCCAGGUUACCGUGGAAACCGAUGUGUUCCAUUUCCUUCCACUUGUGUAGCAUCUUCUAGCGGGCGAUAAUCAUAUUUAAGGUGGAGAUGCGAACAGGGACUAUGUGGGGGUGUAGAGCACAGGAGGUUGGUGGUACCUUAAUUCGGGAGGACAGGCUCGUGGAAAUAGCUGGAGCAGAAUUAGUAGAAUGGUUUCAAAUACAAUUCCAUCCGUUCCCGGCCAUUAUUAUGAGCCGUCCUCCCCUCAGCAGCCUCCUGUGAUAUAGAUGGGUCUCACUUAGAGGCAGAGAAGAGACCUAUAGGUGUCCAGGGAGAGAUUUGUAGGUUUGUAGCGAGGAUGUUUAAAGCAUUAUGUUCAAAUCCAAAGUGAAGCUGAGACAUGAUGUAUACCUCACACAAUAGAGUGGACUGUGACACAGCCACGGAUACCAAAGAUACUUCA